CAUACAACAGAAACGGUGGGUGGGUAGGUGGGCUCGCCUCGCCUCGCCUCGCCGCCCAUAAAAAUCCAAACUUCCACCACCACACCUCGCCUUGCCUUCUCCUCCACCGCCGCUGGGGCCCGAGCCCGCCCACGGGGCCCUUGAUUCAACCCGCACCCGCAUGCGCGCGCCUCCCAGUCGUCCCUGAUCCCUGAACCCCCCGCUGGCCGGAGCGGCGCCCACCAUGGACGACUACCGCCCGCGCCGGUCGCCGGCGACCGAGCGCUUCGUCGGGCUCUUCUCCUCGCCCUCCUCCUCCCCCACGGAGCCGUCCUUCAUCGCGGGGGACGAGUUCCACGAGGACGACUUCAUGUUCUCCUCCUCCGACGCCGCCGCCCCGGACGCGCCGCCCGACGACAGCCCCACCGCGCGGGUGCCGCACGCCCACCUCGGCCUCCUCGCCGCGCUGCACGACGGGGACAAGCGCCUGCUGCUCCGCCGCGGCGCGGGCGCGCCGUCCGAGGCCAUCCCGGCCGCGCUGCUCCGCCGCAAGGCCACCAUCGCCGCCGCCGCCGCCUCGGCCUCAUCCGGCGGCGGCUCGCUGUCCCCCACCCAAACCCCCGCCUCCGCCGCCUGGGCCAUCCCGGCCAACCCGCGGCCCAGGAGCCGCGCGCCCGCCCCGCAGUACCACCAGUCGGCCCCAGUAAAAGUCCCCGUCCGCCCGCCCCGGAAGCCGGCCAUGGACAGGUGGGACGAGGCCGACGACGACGACGACCAGCUCCGCCGCGGGGACGCCGCCAUGCUGCCCCCGCACGAGAUGGUCGCGCGCGCCUCCGCCGGCGGCGCCGGCCCGGUCGCCCCGUUCUCGAUGCUCGAGGGCGCCGGCCGCACGCUCAAGGGCCGCGACCUCCGGCGGGUGCGCGACGCCGUGCUCCGGCAGACCGGCUGGCUCGACUGAAUCAGGCGAGGUGAUGUGGCUCUUUCUGCCCUUUUGUUCGCCUCAGAGUCGUAGAUUCGAUACAUUAGGAUAGUAUAAUUCUACCUACCUAGUGGGUUCGUGUUGUAGAUCCAGAGGGGAAACCAGAAAGUAUGUUGAGUUUUUGUUGGGUGCAACUGCUUGCAAUUUUGGUAUCUUUGGCAAUUGGAAUGGAAUGUGACUAAUAUUAUUACUGUAAGUUUCAACAGUAAUAAGAACCUGUGUCUGUCAUC